AAAUUAAGAACAAAAAGCUACAUUUUAGUUUUAUAAUUAUUGACGAUAUAGCCACUUUUUCCUUUGUGGCUGUGCUAUCUAGUGGAACAUUUAAAAAAAAAAUGCUAGAUUGACUACUUGUGAGCGGGGACAGGGCACGAGGAUAUAUCUGUUGACCAAAUGUUAUGCAUAGGUUAAUGUUUACUCUCAGGUCUAGCGGUGUAUGGCCGUGUGCAUACCAGAGACUGGGCAACGUACUACUGCCCAGAUAUAUAUCCAAAAUGUCUGGAGACCCCAACUGGUUGCCCCCAGCUGACAGAGAACAGCUGCUAAUGGAGCUGAAGGCUACUGGCUGGGUAGAGGUAGAGGAGCGGGAUGCCAUCUACAAAGAGCUCCACUUCAAAACCUUUAAUCAGGCCUUUGGCUUCAUGUCCCGAGUGGCUUUGCAAGCAGAGAAGAUGAACCACCAUCCAGAGUGGUUCAAUGUUUAUAACAAGGUCCAGAUAACACUAACUACGCAUGACUGUGGAGGAUUGUCCAAACGGGAUAUCAAGAUGGCCAAGUUUAUUGACAAAGUGACCUUGUCCAUGUAGAUGUUCUUCCUGUAUAUGUCACAUGAUUUUUUUGUACAACCUUUUAUUUCAAAUAAAAUGUAUUCAUUAUAAUG